CGUCGCCUGCCGGACACUCGCCAAACGAACGACCGCUCGUGUUGUGAACGGAGCUCCUGGUAUUAUCCUUUAUCCGUGACACACUUGCAACGUACAACCGUCAGCAUGCCUGUUGAGAAAGUCAUCGAGUCCUACGCCCCAUACCAGUCUCGCAAGUCGUCCAAGCCGCUUAUGGAGAAGCGUCGCCGCGCCAGGAUCAACAGCAGUCUGAACGAGCUGAAGAAUCUCAUCUUGGACACCUACAAGAACGACGUGAACUCUACUUCUAAUUCCCACUCCAAGCUGGAGAAGGCCGACAUCCUGGAAAUCGCCGUGAAACACGUCCGCAGCCUGCAGAGGCAGCAGAUGGCCGCCGCCGUCUCCACCGACCCCGCGGCGUUGGGCAGGUACCGGGCGGGCUACAGCCGCUGUCGCGCCGAGGUGGCCCGCUUCAUGGGCACGGUGGACGGCGUGGACCCGCAGGUCAGACAGAAGCUGCUCAACCACCUGGACGGCUGUACCCAGAGGGUAGAAAACGCUGCACACUCCUCCAGGGUUCAGCCACGUGACGCCACCGCCGUACGGACCGGCUACCUCCCCAGUCAGCACCGGCACCAGGCGUCCCCUGUCCCGCCAGCGAUGUACGGGAUCGUCCCUGUGGCUCCCGAACACAUCACCGUGAGUUUACCGAGCCAAACCUUCCCUUCCAGUCAACACACAGUUCCCGUGUACACCAACACCAACAACAGAACGGCGACCGGUACCCCCGCGAGGUUGUCUCCAGUGUACGGACUUACACAUUCCCCGGUCGGCGUAGAGAACCGACAAACCACCGCAACGACCUACCAGCCGUCUACGGCACAGACCGCAGUGGUUCCCGCCGGAUUCCAGUCCACCCUUCCGAUCAGCGAGUCCGACAAGGUGUGGAGACCUUGGUGAACAAUGAGCACUUACAACUUUGUCACUCUGGAACUUUGCAAAAGUUUGUACAUUGUUGCUACAUGAGCAUGAAAUGUUUCUGCUUGUAAAUAAUUCCAAAUACGUCGUAAUGUGUAAAAUACACAUUUGCACAAGUUUGUUACAUAGCUAUUUUCUUAUGCAAUAAAAUGUUUCAAAAUAACAUU